CUAUGUGUAUACCACACUUCACGGUAAUCUUCAGGGCAGGUGCGUGAGGCUUCUGCUGAGUUGCAGGCCUGAGGAUUAUAGAAAGGUCUUUAAGAUUGCCUCCACGUCCAUUCUUUUGUUCUCCUCCAUUCCUGCCUGGUGCAGCUGCAAGACAAACAGCAAAAGAGCGAAAAAUGAACCAGAAGGUGGUCCUCAUAACUGGCUGCUCCUCUGGGAUUGGGCUCUCUCUGGCUGCCCGCAUUGCAAAAGAUGAAAAGAAAAGGUUCAUGGUUAGCAAUGCAGGGAUGGGGCUGAUCGGACCCAUUGAAUGUCAAUCUAUUGAUGAGAUGAAGACGGUCAUGGACACAAACUUCUUUGGGCUCGUGCGAUUGUUGAAGGAAAUCCUACCCGACAUGAAAAAGAGGAAGAAAGGCCAUAUCGUGGUCAUAAGCAGCGUGAUGGGAAUUCAAGGGAUUUUGUUCAAUGACGUCUAUGCAGCAUCCAAGUUUGCAGUGGAAGGAUUUUGUGAGAGCCUGGCAAUACAAGCCUUGAGAUUUAAUCUCAAGUAAGACACUCAAACACAUGGACAAAUUUGUCUGUAACCGAUGGUUGAUGUACUUUGGGUUCACCUGUAAUCUAUGGAGGUUGUGUUGGGUUCUUUGGUUAAUUUUAAGUUACCAUUGUCGGGUUUUCUGUCACUAAUAGAGGA